CACCCCUCCUGGACUUCUUUCCACAAUUAGUCACUACUUCACGUUCGCCCCUCAUCAACAAGUCCCCCGUGCAAUGAUUGGUGGGAGCGAGAUGCUGUCGCGUGUGAUUGGCUGCCCCUGUGUCCCUGGAGGAAGGAGGACCAAGUGCAAGAGCGCUACUUAUUGAGGGAGCGGGGAAGUAGCGGCUCACAGAGCUGAGGAAGGAGCAGAGGCGAGUAGGAGAGAGACAAGAUCCGGCACAGGAAAGCGCUUGGUAUCCAGUUGGCCAUUUGGGGCACAGAGUGAGCGGUGAUAACUGUAGAGAAGCCGCAGGUCGCACUGCUCUCGAGGUGACUGGAAAUGGCAUCCGCCGCAAUGGAGAUCAUUGGUCUGUCGCUGAGCAUCCUGGGCUGGAUAGGGGUGAUCCUGACCUGCGGGCUCCCAAUGUGGCAAGUGUCCGCCUUCAUAGAAAACAACAUCGUGGUGGCGCAGAUUAUCUGGGAAGGUCUGUGGAUGACUUGCGUGGUGCAAAGUACGGGGCAGAUGCAGUGCAAAGUCUACGACUCCAUCCUCGCCCUUCACCCGGAGCUCCAGGCUGGCAGAGCCCUCACUGUACUGGCCUCCAUUGUGGGGCUCGUCGGGCUGCUGGUCACCAUCGUGGGCGCCAAGUGCACCAACUGCCUGCAAGGGAGCAGCGUGAAGAGCCGGGUGCUGCUCGCCGGGGGCAUCAUCUACAUUGUGUGCGGGAUCCUGCUGCUCGUCCCACUCUGCUGGAUCGCCAAUAUCGUCAUUACCGAGUUCUACGACCCUCGGGUGCCGGCCUCCCAAAAGAGAGAGAUGGGGGCCGCUUUGUAUAUAGGCUGGGGGGCCACUUCCCUGCUCCUGCUUGGGGGCUCCCUCCUGUGCUGCUCGUUCGCUAUGAAAGAUGGAAUCAGCAACCUGCCCGUCAAGUACUCCGCUCCCCGCAUCCCCACCUCCAACGGGGACUAUGACAAAAAGAACUAUGUGUAGUCGGUGAGGGGUCGCAGGGAACGCGUGGUCCUAACUCAGGGCUGGACUGUGACCUGUACAUACAGUAAUUUGUCUCUUCCCUCAGUCUGUGCGGGCUCAGACACUUACCGACCCUGUGAGCAGCUCCAACUGUCAGCUGGUACCCAGGCAGGUGUGAUCCAUGGACCUGGCAGCGACCCCGUCCAGUUGGGCUCAUUACAGAUGAAAAAAAAUCUCAUAUCUCUAGGGGGUCGGCAAUACUUAAUGGCACAAGACUUUGGGUUAUCUUGGGAUCCUAUAUCCACGUGCAAUGUACAUAUACAGAUAGACUAUGUAUAUUUAGCUACUUUGUAUUUUAUCUUCUGCACUGACAAGGGCUCUUCUUUCCAGCUCCUGGGCUGCAAGGCAGAUUAAUGCCGCCCUCCAACUAUCAGGGAUCCAGCCUCCAACUAGGGCUGCCAGACUGACCCAGCACAGUCAUAUUUCUUAUUCCUGGUCUUUAUUCUAGGGGAAGAGUAAGGAUACGUCAUUAUGACAAGACCAGAGAGUUCCCUUUGAACAUGGGCACUGGGCAUAUCUCAUUUUAAUGACAUACACAUAUUCGUUUUAUUCUGUCCUAUUAUACGAUGUAUGUAUUUGGGUGGAAUCCACCAACACGUGUGUUCAAGCAGAUAAGCAUUGUGUGGGAGGGUAUUCACUUCUAAUUCAUGUACAGAUUGUUUAACUUCUUCUGCAGUGCACUUAGUCAGAGAGUAGGCUAUAAAUGAGAUAUAUAACCAAAGUGCAGACAUUUAAAAUGUAUAAUGUAUUUUUUAAAUGUGUUUAAGAGGUGGGCACAAUGUCCAUCUCUGCCCAUUUUGGAAAGGAUUUGGGGGUAUAAACUAUGUCAGGGAUUUAUUUAUGAAAAUGCCUUUAUAUCAUUUCAGUGCUACAGAGCCUUGUAGUGCAUUACCUUAAGCCAGGGGUCCCCAACCUUUUUUAACCCGUGAGCCACAUUCACAUGUAAAAGGAGUUGAGGAGCAACACAAGCAUUAUAAAACAUCCUGGGGUGUGCCAAAUAAAAGAUGUGAUUGGCUAUUCAGUUUCCCUAUGUGGAUUGGCAGCCUAAAAGUGGCUCUGUUUGGCCAUAAACCUGUUUUUUAUGCAAUUAAAACUUGCCUCCAAGCCAGGAAUUGAAAAAUAAGCACUUGCUUUGAGGCUUUGAGGAGCAACAUCUAAGGGGUUGGAGAGCAACAUGUUGCUCACGAGCUACUGGUUGGGGACCACUGCCUUAAGCAGUGCAUCUACUAUCUACCCAGUUAGUUCUCCUGUUAGAAAGGUUCUUUGCAAACAGAGCGAUGGGGAAUGCUUAUAUAAGACAGAGCAAAUUGUUGCCUUUUCUUGAUACUGCUUCAAAGGAGAGCAUGACUUUGCACAAGAGCCUUUGUUUUAGGGUGCUGGCCUUCCAACCCUGUACCCCUCAAUAGCACGAGUAAUAGUCUCCAAUAUGCCAAAACUGCACACAUAAUUGAUCACCAUAGAGUGAUUGAUUUCAUAGUAGUGGCCAUGGAUAAACCAGCUUAUGGCCAAGUGGGUUAGGGAAUUCAGAAACCACAUAUACAUUUCAUCCCAGAGUAGAAAUCCUAUGCAGUCAGUCAGACUUUUACAAACGGUAGCCCCAAAUGUUAUAUUACCAGUACUUAGCUGCAGGUUAGCCAUCUGUUAAACUCACUUUGCACAAAAUUUGGCAGGGAUAUAUCCCCUAUCCCUCCUGACACUGCCAUGAAUAACUGGAUAUAUUUCUGUGUUGACCAUUUUUUUUUACAAUGCAGGGCUGGAUUUCUUUGGUACUGUUUCAAAAUAAAGUGCUGCAUUAUAUGCUUUA